ACACUGGUAGAAAAAUAUGAUCCCGAGGAGAGCGGCUCCUGCGUUUCAAUACUCAAGACAACAAUUUCACCGCGACUCAUUUCAAUAGAAAUCUCAAACCCAUUCACCAGUCUGCUCCUUGUUGAACUCUUUUUCUCUACUCCAUCCUUUUUUUUCUUUCUCUAUUUCUUUUAUUUUUUAAAAAUUCUUUUAUAUUUUUUGCGCUGGAUCUUUCGUGCCAAAAAAUGUGUGUGGAGAGCGAUGGAUGUGAGAUAGAAGGCUGCAGCAGUUCGGAUGAGGUGCGCACGCUGUCGGGCAGCAUGAGCCCCGCACUGAAAUCCAACCCGGACCUUCACCCCUGCAAACCCGGUCAGAAAUUCCGAGCCGCGCUGCUCAGAUGCCGUUCACCGGCUGCUGCUGCCGGGAUCCUCAGCUUUGGGAACGUCCUCAAUUAUAUGGAUAGAUACACUGUGGCCGGUGUUCUGCUUGACAUUCAGCGGCAUUACAAAGUAUCUGACAGUGGAAUUGGCUUGUUGCAAACAGUCUUCAUCUGCAGCUUCAUGGUGGCAGCUCCCAUCUUCGGUUACCUGGGCGACCGCUUCAACAGAAAGGUCAUCCUGAGCUGUGGCAUUUUCUUCUGGUCCAUUGUUACACUGUCGAGCUCCUUCAUCAGCAGAGAGUACUAUUGGCUGUUUGUACUCUCCAGGGGACUGGUGGGCAUCGGCGAGUCCAGCUACUCCUCCAUCUCUCCCACCAUCAUAGGAGACCUGUUCACUAAUAACAGCCGCACCAUGAUGCUUUCCGUCUUCUACCUGGCCAUCCCCCUGGGAAGUGGUUUGGGUUACAUCCUGGGCUCCAGCGCCAAGGAAGCUGCGGGAGACUGGCACUGGGCACUGAGGGUGUCCCCGGUUUUAGGGAUGACGGCGGGGGCUCUGAUCCUGCUCUUCGUGCCUGAGCCAAAGAGAGGCUGCGUCAACCAGAUGGGAGCAUGCAUCAAAACCUCAUGGGCCUGUGACAUGAAGGCACUCGCCAAGAAUCGGAGCUAUGUGUUCUCCUCGUUUGCAACUUCUGCCGUGUCCUUUGCUACGGGUGCGUUUGGUAUGUGGAUCCCCAUCUACCUGACCAGAGCCCAGGUGGUGCAGAAGACAGCAGAGCCCUGCACCAAAGAGAUCUGCAGUAGCACAGACAGUCUGAUCUUCGGGGCGAUCACCUGUGUGACCGGGCUGUUAGGCGUGGUCAUCGGGGCGGCCACCACACGACUGUGCCGCCAGAGGACCGAGCGAGCCGAUCCGCUGGUGUGCGCCGUCAGCAUGCUGGGCUCGGCCAUCUUCAUCUGCCUCAUCUUCGUGGUGGCCAAGAAGAACAUCAUAGGAGCUUAUGUUUGCAUCUUCAUAGGAGAGACGCUGCUGUUCUUGAACUGGGCCAUAACAGCGGACAUUUUAAUGUUUGUCGUUAUUCCCACCCGGAGAGCAACGGCGGUCGCAUUUCAGAGCUUCACCUCUCAUCUCCUGGGUGACGCGGGAAGUCCGUACCUGAUAGGCCUGAUUUCGGACGGCCUUCAGCAUCGCUACGCGACAUCAGCAAUGUGGCAGUUCCUCAGUCUGGGUUACGCCCUCAUGCUGUGCCCCUUCAUCAUCGUCCUGGGGGGCAUGUUUUUCCUGGCAACCGCGCUGUUUUUCCUGGAUGACAGAGAGAAGGCCGACAAACAGUUAAACCAGCUGUCACGAUCACCCUCCACGGUCAAGGUAUGACCAGGUGACAAGUGUAUGAGGAGACAUCUGAAGGAGCAGCCAAACUCAAUAAGGACGACUACAUGGAGAUAAAAAAGCGAGGGCAGCUGAUCCACCUCUUUAAAACCACGCCCAUGUCCUCUUCCUCGUCCUCACCGCGCCCCAGAUCAUCCUCCUUCCCUCUUCCUCCUCCGCUUGGCUCCUGCUGUUCUUCCUUUUUUUUUUUUUUUUUUACACGCUCAUGGAGAGACUGCUCAUAACUGGAACGAGGGAGCGUCUUGCCCCUCCUCGAUACGCCUCUAAAAAUCACAGGUCGGCGAGAAGGCGCACAGCGGUGUGUGUCAAAAAUCGCCGACCCCGACAGCUGGUGUCCUCCUCACCUCUGUCUGCGAAGAUCCACUGACCCUUCAAAAAGGGAGGAGGUGGGGGUGGCAAAGUCCCCUGUGACCACUCCGACUCCUGAUGCCAUACUACUGAAUGCUGACCAUGAACCUGCCCUGUCUGUCUGCCUGUCUGUCUCUACACGUCUGUCUGUCUGUUACAUCAGCUGUCAAUCUGCACCAAGUGCCAUAGCGUUACUACAUUCCUUCACACUUUGCACUGACCACCAUCAACCCUCAUGACAUCAUCACUGACUAUGUUUACAUGCACAUUAUAAUUUAGCUCUAGGCCAUGAAAUUUGUUCAAUUGAGCUGUUUAUAUCUGCUAGACAGUAGAAGCAGCAUCAUUUGUAGAGCACAGCCAUAGAGCUCCAUCAGUGUCUGUUUUUGCUCCCAUACACAUUUUCCACAAUUUAUUCAGCCUUUCAUUUCUGUAAACAGAAAGUAGCUGCAAAUUCAAGCUAUGUGGAGCGAGUGAUGCAACUAAAACAUGCUGCAGGAAACAGUUAGUAUCAAAGUGUUUGUUUAUCUGUUUAAAUAAGUCUCUCCAUGAUGUGGCUAAUAUCAGAGUGACAGUAUUACCAACACACACAUUGAAGUAACAUACAUAAAUACAGUGUUUACAUGAUGAAUGUAGUAUUGUCAUAAUAGCAUCGCAAUCAAAAGUUUCGCUGUGCAUGUUAACAUAGCCGUAGAUGAACAGCCAAAAAGUGUAACUGUCUAUUUUGGUCAGUGAAUCAGCCUUAAAAAAUUGGAGCUUUCACAUCAACAGAGCUAGCCAGCUGUUUCCUUUGACCCCACCCCCCCACAUGUGUUUUGAUUUGCUUUUUUAGCUUUUAGCACUUAAAUCAGUGUAGAUGGUGCCAGAGAACACGACAGAGAUAUGAGAUUUCUGCACAUUAUUUUUCACAAGGUUUUUGUGAUAUUUUUUUAAUUUUCUGUGUGCGUGUGUGUGCGUGUGUGUGCGUGUGUGUGCGUGUGUGCGUGUGUGUGUGUGUGUGCGAAUGUGUGUGCGAAUGUGUGUGUGAAUGUGUGUGUGAGAUUGUGUGUGACAUUGCAUUUGAAACUGGAGGUUACUGCGUAUGAUUGUUUCAGAAGGAUAAUGAUGAUGCAAUCCGGGCAAUUUAAAGAGGACACUGGAUUAUAUAUUUUAUAAUUUAUAAUGUACAUGCUUUUUUCUCAAAUGUAAAUGAAAUGCUACUCUUUUGACUUGGAGCCAUUUUAUGGAAUAACACCUGUGUUGUUGUUUUUUUAUGUAGAUGAGAAGCAAUACUAUUCUUUUUUUUUUUUCUUUUGUGGAAGCCAACCUUUUGUAUCCACACUGCCUUAUCAGUGAGCUGGCUUUCCCUUUAAAGGGUAUAGCUCUCUGAUGGCUGGUUUUGAAUUUCUGGAAACAACACCCACACAGAGACAGAGUCACCACUAAUGAUGGAUUCCAGUCUCACUCCAUGUUGGUUACAAUAACAGACAUUGUGAAAAAAGACCUUUCCCUCUCAAUUUGUAGAUAUCCCAUUUCACGAUUAGAAGACUGGACUUUUGGAAAGAGCUGGAGUCACAGUCAUCGGUUUAUUAGUGAGGGAAAUCAAAAUCCCAGACAGGAAGAGGAAAUCCUUCGGCCCCAGGUGGCUGGCUCUUAUCGUUGAUAACAGAUAAGCGAGGAAUCCCCCACUUUGAAACCGAACUGCCAUGUCUUCAGAUGUCACAGCAGGAGCUGAAAAACAGAGUCCCCUUCAAUACCUGCAUUUAAUAGCAGCAAAGAACAGCAUAGCGAUUUAGAUAGGAAAUAUGAGUCCACAAUUAGACCAAAGGCUUGGAUUUGAUUACUAUGCAUCCAUUACCGUAUCAGAUUUGUAAUUAUGCAAAUUAAAUGUAAUCUCCCACAAAGAAAAAGAAACUCAGAGAGGAAGCUAGUUUUGUAUAUACAAACAUAUAGUCAUUAGAAGCUCCCUUUUUUGUAGUAGUAGACACAAUUUUACUGAAACCUUUAAUCCACUAAUGGAAUCUAAGGUUUUAAAACUUGUGCAUAAAGAGGAAAAAAAGCACUUUGCACACAUCCAAGAAAACACAGAAAGAGGAGGAUGGAUUGACCUCAGCGGAGGAAUAAAGGGAGACGUUGAGUUGGUCCUUGUAGCAUUGAUGUGUGAGAAUGACUCACUGGCAGUGUGUGGGGUGCUGUGUGGGUUGUGUCCUUGUUGCCAGAUCAUUAGCUUUAGCUUCUCUCCAACUGCGUGGAGCUCUCUGAAUGUGAUUCUGUCCAACCUGACGUGUUUACACACCUACAUCUUCUUAAUGAACUAAGCUUCUUACCUUCCUUUUAUUGAUUCUUUUUUUUAAUGUUACCAAAUUUGUUUUUUUUUAUUAUAACUACAAUAGAUAUAUAUAAAUAUAUAAAUAUAUAUAUAUAGCUAUAUCACGCAGCAACUUUAAUAUAUUGUAAAUGAUGGCUUGGAUGCAAUGUAUUUAUUUGUUACCAUAAUGAAGAAUAAUCUGUAAAGGGAAGUUUAAGGUUUGAGUAUUCUACAGUUUGUUGUAUGUCUUUGGGUUUAGAAAUGCCUGUUUGUUCAUCCUUUUAUAUCACCAUGAAACAACACAAUACCUUUUUUACAUCACUAAGAUUCAUCCUGUUUACUGUGAUCAUGAAUUGGACAUCUCACACAUGGAAUUGCAAUGUGAUUUUUGAAUUUGAAGACAACGUAUUAGUGUCAUCUUUACGAUGCAAUACUUUUGCAUUCAUUUUUGUAGCUCUUGUAUGUGUUUUUUUUCAGAGUAACUGAUCAAAUCAUUUUGCACACUUAAUGUUCAGGGAUUUGUUUGAACCAUAGCCUAGCAUCCCAUCGCAGCCUCUGUCGCAGAGGUCUGUCACUUCAUGCUCACAGUAAGUGCUGACACAUUGUCAUCUAUCAUCAGUAGGGGCGUUGGCUCUGGUCAGAUGGGUCAUGAAUUGAGUUUCACUUUGCCAAAUUUAGUUGAUUUAGCAUCAAUCCUUUAGUAUAGGUCUGUUGUAUUGAGUAAUUCUAUGUUAAUAAUCACUGAAGUGAUGUAUUGAGAAUGUGCUAUUUCUUGUCAUACAAGAAUUGUGUAUAAAGAAACCUAUUUCUGAUGUUGAGCAGAAAACAGAGGUUAUUUUUAUUUUUAGAGCAAGUCAAUACAAGAGAUGUGUCAAAGGAUAUUAUUGUAGAACUGAACUGUGAUGCUCCCUUGGGGUUUGAUAGAAAAUGUACAUGUCUGUAAAUCAAAUAAAACUAUUUAAUCAC